AUGAUUCUCUACGACAAUAAACCGGCCUUGUACCUCAUAUUGAAAAGUCUCGAUUCUCGGAACGUAGAAGAGUUGGAUGCCGCGAUAUAUGCUAUCAAGCGUUUUUCCAUGCACUGCAAAACAUUUUCGAGAGAAAUUUUUGACAAGGUGAUCGAAAAAAUGAAGUGCUCCAAUUUCCUUUUAGAAAACAAAGUUAAACUCAUGCCGAUAUUCCGCUACAUGUACGCGGGUAUGGAAACUGGACAGGAAAUUUUCGAAGUCAAGAAGAAUGUACUUUGCUGUCUGAAUGUUAUCGCUACCAAAAGUCCUCAAUUUUGGAGCAAAGCCGACUUGGACGCUUUCUGCGACAUAUCGCUGAAAUUGCAGUCACAUGACUUGCUUCUGGAUGCUGCAGCAAUCAUUGAUCGACUUUCCCACGGCCAGUGGGUGAAUAUUUGGGAAAUUACCAUAGACUCCAAGCUGAUGAUACUGUGUACCCACUUGCUAAAUUCUAAUUGCACUCGGUUGUUUCUCACCGUGCUCAAAAUUUACCUAAAUUUAAUUGAGUACUUAGACGUUUUUCAAGAGCACAGAGUUCGUUUUCAGAUCUUCAAUGACCGUUUCAGUUGGUGGAUCUCUGCUUUGCUGAAGAUCUCGGCAGCUGAACACCUGCUUGCUUCUCGAUCGAAUUCUCUCGUCGCCUACUACGCAGACGUUCAGAAGGCACUUGCAUUGUAUCGCGAAUGCACUUUUGAACUGAAGGCUGCAGUCAACCCGUCUGUCAACCGUUGGUUUGUAGUCACAUUUUGUAAAUUAAGGGUGGAAUUUUUGAAAUCCAUGACCACCUUCAUCGACGCCAUUAGCCACGUACGAAUGUGUCCGCCUCCAAAAGCUUCCUCGGUUUCGUCCAUCAUGGCUAUUUAUGCUAAUCUGCUCUUAGAAAAUUUGAAUCUGAUCGUAAUCGAAAUGGCGAAGGUCCCUCUGUUUUUCCCUUGUUUCUUUUUCAGGAAAGUUCAGCAUACGACUGUGAAGUUGCUCAUUUCGCCUGCACCUUCUGAAUCAGAACGCCAGAUUACGGUCUGCAGCAACCAGAAGCUAAUCGCAAAAGUGGAGGGUAUUGUGACCACGCGAGAAUGGCUAAAUUCUUUCCCUCGAAGAGUUUCCAAAGUCGUUGUUACAAUUAUGCCUGAAUCUGAUAAGGCCGAUUUUAUGAUCAGGCAAACCUCCAAUGGCAUAACCAGAGGCAUAUCGAAGACUGUAGAUGUUCAGAAUGAUUACUUCGUUGCUGAAUUUGCUCUAGAAUUUACGAAGUCGGGGCUGAUGAACGUGUGCAUUGGCUUCAUUGAUGAUUUGGAGCAUAAAGCGUGGAAAACGGAAACUGAAGAAACUAUCCGAGUCAAGAUACUGAAGUUGCUGCUGCUGAACGGUGGAGACCCGUUUCUAACCGACAACGAUGGUAAAACGGCGUAUAAUUACGCAUUGACGAACGACCAUCGUUCUUGUGUCCGUUUGAUCGAUUGGUGGACAAAACCGGCGUCAGCAUAUGACGUUGCACAGUCCUCACCGGCGACAUUGGCGAAAUGGAAUGCCGGGGUGUAUCGUGAGCUGGUUUCCUGUCAGGAGUCCCCGGAAUUACGUUUGCGCAGAUUGAAGAUAUCUGCCGGACCGAACAGCUUCCAUUCAGCUCGCAAGUCAUUAAAUUUUGGGAACUGUGAAACAAAUUCUGAGAUUAUUGACCAGCAUCAGCCGAAAUUCUGCUCGGAUGGUGUUACUGGGGCUUCUUCGAAGCAGGCUUCUCCGAAGGUUGCCUCAAAGGAAGCCACUUCAAACCAGAACCAGAGGAUUUCGUUUGCGGAAUUGGAGAUGACGAUAGUCAAAAAGGACAAGGAAGAUCGUCGAACGAUUGAUCCCAGUAUUCUGCAGAAGUGCGAGCAGCUGAACGACAAGCAGCUAGGCGAAAAACUGCGCGAGGAAGGUUUCAACGUUGGUCCGAUUUCCAGCACCACCAGAACUCUGUAUCAGAAGACUCUUGCAUCUUUCUGGAACUGCAUGGUCGCUUCGGAAGGAAAAUUUACGGCCGAACUCGAAGCACUGAUUUUUGGAAAGUUGGAUCUGACUAGCAUUCAGAGUGAUUUGCAGCUGAUGACGGAAGCCAAACAUAAAAAAAUACUCGAAUUGUGGAGGAAAGACAUCGGCGUGAUAGCUCUUGACGUAUUCCACAACAUAAUCGCUGUCGAGGCGUAUACUCGCGAAGCUGCAAUGAUCGACGCAAUCGGACUAAGGAAUCUGGAAAAUAUGAUCAGAGGAGAUUAUUACGGACUACCGACGACCUGGUCACAGGCGAGAUGUCGAAGACUUGGAGCUUACUUGUUGAAGAUGGCAUCAGCAGUAUUUCUGGCCGAAGGCGAAAAGAUCGUUAAAUUCAAAGACGUUUCAUGGAUCUGA